CAUUCCGGAACUUCCGGAAGGAUACGCCGACGUCACACUGUACAGGUGAGGCCGUUUUAUUACUCCCUCUUCCUGAGAGACACUGACAAGCGGCCCCAUAUCACAAGUCGUCGUCUCCGUCGCCGAGGGGCAGACCGGCCUCUCAUCUCCGCCGCCGCAUGGCUCUACUCCUCCGUCGAACCCUCCUCACCGUCCUGCUACUCCGCUUCUCCGCCUCCGCCAGCCCUGCCGGCGACGGGCGCUUCGACCCCUCCCGCGUCGUCCAUGUCUCGUGGCGCCCCAGGGCGUACCUGUACAAGGGAUUCCUGUCGGAGGCGGAGUGCGAUCACCUCGUCGCGCUGGCCACGGGCAGGCUUGAGAAUUCCAUGGUGGUGGACCACGAGUCGGGGAAGAGCGUGACGAGCAAGGCGAGGACCAGCUCCGGCAUGUUCCUUGCCAAGAAGCAGGAUAAUGUUGUUGCAAGAAUAGAGGAUAGGAUUGCUACUUGGACCUUCCUUCCACCAGAAAACGGUGAACCCAUGCAAAUACUGCGCUACCGGAAUGGUGAUAAGUACGGGGCACAUUUUGAUUACAUUCGUGGUAAAAAUUACCAAGCCCUCGGGGGGCAUCGAAUUGCCAGUGUGCUCAUGUACCUGUCCAAUGUCAAGAUUGGCGGGGAGACCAUCUUCCCAAAUUCAGAGGCCACGCCGUCACAACCGAAAGACGAUACAUGGUCCGAGUGUGCAAAAUCGGGGUAUGCAGUGAAACCAGUGAAAGGCGACGCGUUGCUGUUCUUCAGCCUUCACCCCAACGCGACGACGGACCCAGCUAGCCUGCACGGAAGCUGCCCCGUCGUUGAAGGCGAGAAGUGGUCGGCGACGAAAUGGAUCCAUGUGAGAUCAUUCGACGGCCCGCAGAAGCGCCGAACACCGGCUGCCGAGUGCGAGGAUGAGGAAGACCUCUGCCACAAGUGGGCUGCUGUUGGAGAAUGUGUUAAGAACCCCGUGUACAUGGUGGGUACAAGAGACUCGCCUGGUUUCUGCCGGAAGAGCUGUGAUGCAUGUACAAUGUAGUUUGUAAACUCUUACUCCUACUUGACUGGUAAAAAAUAAGAAGAGUUGUUCUGACA